UACAUUAGUAUUACAUAACUUACUACAAUUGAGCGAAUUAUUACAAGUCGUACUAUUCGAAAAAAAAUCAAAAUUUUGGUUUUUGUAUCUGCUACCAACCGCGUAAACGUGGAGUAAUUUAACCUCAAUUUUUGACAUUUUGUUAAUAAAAAAUUUUCGAAAAUGACUAUUUUGCGGGGCUGGCGCUACAAUGUCUUUAUCGGGGGUUUAGUAGGUGUUAUAGCCCUAACCCUUUACCCCAUUGCAAUUGAGCCAAUGUUAAAUUCGGAAAAAUACAAAAAAAUACAAGAAAGAAAUAGGAGAGGGAUUAAACAGGAGGACGUCCAGCCUGGAAAUAUGAAGGUUUGGUCGGAUCCUUUUGGUAGGAAAUAAGACUAGUUUUUGUUGUAAAUAAGCAUAUAUUGUUCAAUAAAUUAAUAAGAGGUU